AUGUCUACCAACAGAGAUCUAGCCGGCAAAGUCGCAAUAAUCACCGGCUCCAGCCGCGGCAUCGGCGCCGCCAUAGCCCUCAAAUUUGCCCAUCGCGGCGCCGACAUAGCCAUCAACUACGUCUCCAACGCCGCAGCCGCCGAAUCCGUCGCCGAGCAAAUCCGCGCCCAAGGCGUGCGCGCCCUCGUCUGCAAAGCCGACGUCUCGCAGCAAGAACAAGUCCAAACCAUGUUCGAGACUGUCCACCGCGAAUUCGGCCGUCUCGACAUCGCAGUCAGCAACUCGGGCAUCGAGCAUUUCGGGGAUCUGUCCGAAGUCACGGGCAGCGAGAUCGACGCCGUCUUCGCGGUUAACGUCAAGGGACAGUAUUUCGUUGCGCAGCAGGCUUAUCGCUUCAUGAAUGAUUUCGGGAGAGUUAUUCUGACUUCGUCGAUUUCGGCGGUAAAAGGCGUUCCUCGUCAUGCUGUCUAUGCUGCUUCUAAGUCGGCUGUUCAGGGUAUGACGAAGUGUCUGGCGGUGGAUUUCGGGUCUAGGAAUAUUACGGUGAAUUGUAUUGCUGCUGGUGGGGUUAAGACUGAUAUGUACACUGAGGUGGCGGGGAAGUAUAUCCCCGGUGGAGAGAAGAUGAAUGCGCAGCAGAUUGACGAGGCGUUGAGUAAGUGGUCGCCGCUUGGUCGGCCUGGGGAGGUGGAGGAUGUUGCUGGGGUUGCGUCGUUGAUUGCUAGUCCCGAGUCGCAGUGGUUGACUGGGCAGACUUGGCAUGUUUCGGGUGGUGCUUGUAUGAUGUGA